AUGAGACCCUGUGAGUGUCGCGGGGACAACCUACAGUAUAGCUCAACGGGUCGACAAGCGAAGUGCGCAAACCGUCACACCACGCCAAGUGAAAAUGUCGUUCAAAUAUCAGAUAGCAGGGAAGAAGAUACAUUUCUAGUGGUAUUGUCUUUAAAAAAUCGUUCACCACCAGCAGCAGCACCCUUUCGAUGCCUAACUCCCAUGCCCUCAGAAGGAAGCAUGAAGGCUAGGAUACUGACAAGUUGCCCAAGGUCAAGACACAGAGGUCGGGUUCGAACCACAGACGUUCCGGUCGAAAAAGAUAGAAAACGUAUGUACACAGAAGGUGCGCAAGUUCCGGCGGAAGUGACCGAGAAAGAAUAUUCACGAGAGGAAACGGCCAUUCUAUCAGGAUAA